AUGCAGAACUUAACGGAAUUUUCUUCUGUCAUCUUAACGGCAUACUUUGAUGUUGGAAAUGUGAAAUACUUGUACUUUAUUAUUUUGUUAGUGUUGUAUGUUUGCAUCAUUGUUGCCAAUGUCCUUUUGAUUAGUAUUAUUUAUAUGGACAGGACUCUGCAUGAGCCCAUGUACUUGUUUCUGUGCAGCCUGUGUGUCAAUGAACUGUACGGCAGCCUGGGUCUGUUUCCUUGUCUGCUGGUUAACAUGCUCUCAGAUAGCCAUGAACUCCAGCUCACAUAUUGCUACCUGCAAGUUUACUGUUUAUAUACUUAUGGAACAGUGGAGUUUUGUAACUUAGCACUGAUGUCUUACGACAGAUAUGUGUCUAUCUGUCAUCCGUUACAGUACAAUAGCAUCAUGACACCGACCAAAGUCACCUCUCUAAUUGUGUUUGUGUGGUUGUUUUCUUGUGGCCAGUUUGUAGUGACCCUGUCGUUGACUGUACAUUUGCGGCUGUGUGGCAACAUUGUGGAGAAGGUAUGGUGUGGAAACCAUUACCUGGUUCGACAGGGUUGUUCAGAUCCAACUAUAGUCAACAUAUAUGGCAUCUGCUUGACUAUUCUCCUUGUUGUGUGUCCCCUUGGACUUAUCGUGCAGUCGUACGUUAGGAUAUUUAAAGUUACUUUUAGCUUCGGGCCGAACAGGAAGUCCUUGAACACGUGCAUUCCUCACAUUGUUUCACUGUUGAAUUAUGCCGUUGGUGUUACGUUUGAAGUUUUUUCAAGCCGAGGACCGAAGGUGGAUAUACCACCCAUGCUGAACAUAACUAUUUCAGUGUAUUUUUUGAUCAUUCCACCACUUGUGAAUCCCAUUAUGUUUGGGCUAAAGUUAACUAAAAUCCAAGAUGCAUAUAAAAAGUUUUAUAAGCGAGUUAUCCUUUAA